UGACGCAAUCACUGCGCGACGAUGCCUAAGAAGAUUUAUAUGAGUUCCCAGCAGGUAGUCAAACGAUGACAACAAAUUUAAAACAGGCCUUAAAAACCCACUUUGGGUUCGACAACUUCAGGUCUAAACUGCAGGAAGAUGUUGUUAAAGCAGUACAAAGAGGUGACAGGGAUGUGUUUGUGUGCAUGCCUACUGGAGCAGGAAAGUCGCUCUGCUACCAGCUGCCUGCAGUGCUUGCUGAGGGCAUUACUCUGGUUAUAUCCCCGUUAAUCGCUCUCAUUCAGGACCAAGUGGAUCACUUGAAGGAGUUAAACAUCCCUGCCUGCUCCAUCAACUCUAAGCUCCCAGUGAGUGAGCGCCGGUUGAUCCUGGCCGACCUGGGGAGCAGCAACCCGAAGCUAAAGCUUCUCUACAUCACUCCAGAGAUGGUGGCCUCGCCCGCGUUCCAGCCCUGCCUGAUGGACCUGUGCUCCCGUGGCUUGCUGUCUUACCUGGCUGUGGAUGAGGCUCACUGCGUCUCGCAGUGGGGCCAUGAUUUCCGACCAGACUACCUCAAGCUGGGUGAACUGCGGGCUCGAUUGCAAGGAGUUCCCUGUUUGGCCUUAACAGCAACAGCACCCAAGAAUGUACAGGAGGACAUCAUUCAGUCCCUGAGGCUGUCCUCGCCGCUUUCUUUUCUUACACCCGUCUUCCGGAGUAACUUGCACUAUGAUGUGAUUUUCAGGGAGCUGCUGCCAAACCCAUACGUCCACCUUUGUGCCUUCAUUAAGAAAACAUUAUCACUCGGAGGUGGAUCUAACGGACAGGGAUGUGGGAUUGUGUACUGUCGGACCAGGGAAGGUUGUGAGACGGUAGCUCACCAGCUGACGAAGCUUGGAGUCGUAGCUAAGCCGUAUCAUGCAGGCUUGAAGGCAACAGAUCGGACAGGGGUACAGAAUGAGUGGAUGCAGGGGAAAGUGCUGGUUAUUGUGGCUACCAUCAGCUUUGGCAUGGGAGUAGAUAAGGCCAAUGUCAGAUUUGUAGCUCACUGGAACCUCGCUAAGUCUCUGGCCAGCUACUACCAAGAGUCUGGGCGAGCAGGGAGAGAUGGCCUGCCCUCCGCCUGUCGCACAUACUACUCCCCGAGAGAUAAGGAGCAAAUUAAUUUCCUCAUUCGGCAGGAAGUGGCAAGAAAGCAGGAAAAACGGGGCUUUGCAAAGGACACUGACAAAACCGCAAUGACUGACUUUGAAGCCAUGGUGUCUUUUUGUGAACAAGAAGGUUGCCGCCAUGCCACCAUCUCAAAGUUUUUCGGCAACACGGCGCCGAACUGCGCGGGGGCCUGCGACUACUGCCGUAACCCCAAGUUGGUGCGAGCGCAGCUGGAGAGAGCGGCCACGCUCAGCACCAAGAUCGGUGCGGCUCAGAGCAGCGAGCCUAAGGGAGCGUUCGGGUUCCAGCCGGACACUUAUGGAGGAGGAAAGAAGGGUUACGGCUUUGAAAGGUAUGACGAAGGGGAAGGUUAUAGUGAAGAUGAUCCUUUUAAGAGGAAGAAGGAGUUUUCUGAGCUUUUCAAGAAGCAGAUGAGCAUGCGGAAGGGUAACGACAGCAGCCAGAGGGAAGAGUUUGUUCCUCCAGAUAUCGACUGCCCGCUUAGAGAGGCCAGCAGCCAGAGAAUUCCCAAGCUCAGUGUAAAGGCCAGAGAGCACUGCCUGUACCUCCUGCAGGAGGCGCUUCAAGGCCAGCAGGGGGCAGAAGAUGCACUCAACUCUGACAGUCUGUCCUUGGCGGUGGAUAUUGAACACGAGGUCUUCAGAAACAGCAAGUCCUCUAACUUGUACAAAGCUGUGGUGCUAAAGAAGGUAACAGAGAUGAAGAAAGCGGCACCUGCUUCAGCAGGUCGAGAUAAAGCAGAAGGUGCUAGGAGCAGCAGCGGCAGCGAUUCCAGAGAAACAGAACUCAAAGAGGCUGGAUCCUCCUCUUCAUCCUCGUUUUCUGAUGAGCCGCAGGGGUUCACGCUGGCAUCUGAGGUGUACUCGCUGAAGCGUAAGAGGGUAGGGGCAGGCCAACGGGGCUCUUCUAACCCCUUCAUAACUGCUAAGGAUUUAAUAAACCCCUCCAUGUUGGAAACAGGGGCUAACAAAGGUAGGACAAGCGGCGGAUUUUUCAAUGGCUACUCAGGAGAAACCAUUAUGCAGGGAAAAGAAGCCAACACAGAUGCAUCAUCGCCCAUCAAAGCCAAAGCAAAUGCCGUCACGACCUCCCUGAGCAGCCCGACUAAAGGAGGCAGAGCCAUGAGCAAGAAGCAGCAGAAGCUGGCGGAAGCAGCAAAGAGUUCCCACAACAUUUCUCAUUUUUUCAUGAAGAAACAUACUCCAGAGAAAAGCCAGGAUGAGGAGGAGAUGCCGAGGGAGCCCGAAGCCGCUUUAUCUCCCGCUCCAGCUUCCAUCUCCCAGGAAUACAUCAACCAGGAACCACACUCACCUGCUGCGUCAGAAGGAGAGAGCAGUGCUGCACAGUCAGAGACUGAGGAUGUGAUCCUCGUAGAAAACAAAUCUGAGAUAAUUGUUAUACCUGAUGAUGACGAGGAGGACGGAGCUGAUAUUGCAGAACCAGUUCAAGAGACAUCUGAGCAGGACCUGACGUCCAUCACAGAACAAAACAAAGACGAAGAAGAACUUAAACCAAGUGAAGAAGAGGUUAACACAAGUGAAAUUCCCGGGGUGACAGAUGACAUGAAAACCAUGACGGAGUCUCCCCCUCCGGCGAAGCGCAGCCGGCCCGGGAAUGAGAGCAGCAGGAGAGUAACCUUCAACCCCAACGUGCAGGAGAGAGCCCUGCACCCGGCCACUGACUCGCCCAAGCCUGUAACACUUAAGGAAGCAGCUGAUAUCGUGGUCCGCUACCUGGACCCUUUUUACACUCAGGGAAAGUUUGCCACAAAGGAGCUGUUUAAGUCUUUCGCUCGCUACCUGUCUCACCUUCUUACAGAGGGAAGGAGCAGGGGGAAAGGCCAAGUGAAAGCAGAGGCCAAGGCUCUCAUCAAGAAGUUCUUCAGCAGCGUCCAGCGCUGUGAGAGCGAGGCAGACUGGAAGCACCUUAAGAGACCUCACAGCUGUAAAACCACAGCCAAAAGUGAAUGAAUGGGGGGAGGAAAUAUGUAGCCCUUCCUCUUUGACAGUGCCUAAACUUCUCCGGUUACGAUGACCUCAGGCUUUGUCACAGAUGCCUGCUGACGAGGUUUAUGGUCCACUUGCUGCUAUUUUGUUAUUCUUUUAAAAUGUUUUCCAGGAUGGUUGCUGAUACUGUAACUUGGGUUAAUAAAUAGUAAGCAUUAAAACA